AUGAAGCAGUGGGAGAUAAAUGCCACGGAAAAGCGGACUAAGACGCUUUCAUGUAUCCCAAAUGACUGGAUCAAACCCAACUUGAGUCAAGAUAUGGCAAAUAGAGGAUAUAAAAAUACGUGCGAAUAUCUUGAUAGAAUUCUUCCCAAUGAUGAGGUGAUGAUUACUUGUCUUGAUGCGACUGCACUGGCUGAAAAGAUAGCAUCCAAGAACUUGACAAGCUACCAAGUCUGUUACGCAUUCUGUCACAGAGCAGCUCUUGCGCACCAAAUACUCAAUUGCUGCAUUGAAGUGUUCUUCGAUGAGGCUCUCGAAACUGCACGACGCUUAGAUUCUUACUACGCGACAACUGGGAAAUUGAAGGGGCCCUUGCACGGAGUUCCGUUCUCGCUCAAGGACCAAGUGAACUUGCCGGGCAUCGAAACCACUAUCGGCUACAUAUCUAAAAUUGGGAACAAGGCCAACAAAAUGUCUUUGCUAGCAGAAGUCUUGCAAGAGCACGGUGCAGUUUUCUUCGUAAAAACUGCUGUUCCAACCGCCAUGCUGGCAUCCGAGACGGUUUCGAGUUUGCAUGGGCGAACUCUGAAUGCUCUGAACAUUUCUUUCUCCAGCGGUGGCAGCUCUGGUGGAGAGGGAUCCUUGAUUGCUGCAAAGGGAUCACCUCUGGGAGUUGGCACUGAUAUUGGUGGAAGUAUCAGAAUCCCGGCAGCUUUUCAAGGUUUGUAUGGACUUCGACCUUCACAUGGCAGGAUCCCUUACAUGGAUGUAACGAACUCUUACGAAGGGCAAGAAUUAAUACCUUCCGUUCUUGGACCAAUCAGUUCCUCCCUUCGAGAUUUAGAGCUCUUCACCAAAAUGAUAAUUGACAAUGAGUUGUGGAACCGCGAUCCUCAAGUUGUCCCUGUUCCAUGGAGAGAUGCUAGCGAGUUGAAGUCACAAAAGCUGAGAUUUGGUCUGAUGACAUGGGAUGGACUUGUAAUGCCACACCCUCCUAUUUUGCGGGCUUUGAAAGAAACUCGCAAUGACUUAAUACGCAGUGGCCAUGAGGUUGUAGAUUGGACCUUUUCCAACAGUGAAGAACUCGUCGACGUGGGGGAACAAGUUUACGCCGCGGAUUUUUAUGAGGAAGUGCAAGAACUACUGAAUAAGACAGGAGAGCCUGUAUCUGAUUACAUGGAUAUUGCCAGAAGAGCCAUUCUGACCAAAGGCCACUUGGGGAAGCCACUCACCGUUAAUGAAUGGUGGGAAGUGUCCCUGAAAAUAAGGAAAUUGAAACAACAGUAUCUUGAGAAAUGGCAAAGCACAAGAAGCCUAACCUCAGAUGGAAAGCCUAUUGAUGCAAUAAUUUGUCCUGUUUGGCCCUCGGCUAGCUUUUGUGAUGGAGAGGUUGAAUUCGGUUGCGAAAAUUACACUGUGCCCUUCAAUGUUCUGGAUUAUGCCUGUGUUGUGUUUCCAGUUGCUCAAACCGAUAAUAAGAAGGACAAAACUGAAGAAGGACAUAUUCCAGUAAAUCCUGCUGACAAGAAAAUGCAAGAUUACUAUAAUGCGCAAAAGUUCGAAAAGAUGCCGGUGUGUCUUCAAAUCGUGUGCAAACGUCUAGAGGAGGAAAAAGCGCUGGCGAUAACUUCUGUUGUGGAAAGCUGUCUCUCGGCAUAG